GGCGCUUUUCGCAGGCAGGCUCCUUUAGCCCUCUGCGUCUCCCGGGGAGAGUUCGCCAGCUGCCAAGGAUCUCUGUUUUCUCUGUUUGCAAAUAAAGUUCUGCGACUUGCAGAGGAGAUUUCUGCAAAAGCGAACGAUAAUGAUUAUUGCCCUUAGCAGGAAAGGCUCAUGUUCCUCUCAGCUCUGCCUUGCUCUCUGCGCCUUUGGGCUGGCAUUGCUGGGGGAUGUGUCCCGGGCUGCACCCAUGGACGAUCAGGAUUAUUACCUGCAGGAAAUUAGCAACAGGGAUCAUUAUUAUUCCUUUCCGUAUCCCAGUGAAGAGUUUUUUCCUUUCACGGAGCAACCUGGAGAGGAAGGACCUAUCCGUGCUGCAGAGACAGAGGAGCACCCAGGGUUCAAACCGAGCAGGAAAGAGUUAAAACCGAAGAAAAACAACAAAAAAGGAAAAUCCAUUCUUGAAACUCCACCAGAUUGUCCUCCACUUGGUCUAGAGACAUUAAAAAUUACUGACUUCCAGCUCCAUGCCUCUACAGCAAAGCGAUAUGGCCUUGGGGCUCACAGAGGAAGGCUUAAUAUUCAGGCAGGUGUUAACGAAAAUGAUUUUUAUGAUGGUGCUUGGUGUGCAGGAAGAAAUGACCCAUAUCAGUGGAUUGAAGUAGAUGCUCGAAGGCUAACAAAAUUCACUGGAGUCAUCACGCAAGGAAGAAACUCUCUCUGGUCGAGUAACUGGGUGACCUCUUACAGAGUAUUGGUGAGCAAUGACAGUCAUGCAUGGACUGCUGUCAGAAAUGAAUCUGGAGAUGUGAUUUUUGAAGGAAACAGUGAGAAAGAGAUCCCAGUUCUCAAUAUGUUGCCGGUGCCACUGGUUGCACGCUAUAUCCGUAUAAACCCCCGGUCCUGGUUCGAAGAAGGUAGCAUCUGUAUGAGACUGGAAAUCCUAGGGUGUCCUUUGCCAGACCCAAAUAAUUAUUACCACAGAAGAAAUGAAAUGACAACCACAGAUAAUCUUGACUUUAAGCAUCACAACUACAAGGAAAUGAGGCAGUUGAUGAAAACUGUGAAUAAAAUGUGCCCGAAUAUCACAAGAAUUUACAAUAUUGGAAAAAGCAACCAAGGACUAAAGCUGUAUGCUGUUGAGAUCUCUGACAACCCAGGAGAACACGAAGUUGGUGAACCAGAGUUUCGGUACAUUGCAGGAGCUCACGGGAAUGAAGUGCUUGGACGUGAGCUAAUCCUUUUGUUAAUGCAGUUUAUGUGCCAGGAAUACCUGGCUGGAAACCCACGCAUUGUAAAUCUCAUUGAGGAUACUAGAAUCCACCUUCUGCCUUCAGUCAACCCGGAUGGAUAUGACAAGGCAUAUAAAGCGGGUUCAGAAUUAGGGGGCUGGUCUUUAGGACGAUGGACUCAGGACGGCAUUGACAUCAACAAUAACUUCCCCGAUUUAAACUCUUUACUCUGGGAUUCAGAAGAUCAGAAGAAGAGUAAAAGAAAAGUUCCAAACCAUCACAUUCCUAUCCCUGACUGGUACCUGUCUGAAAAUGCCACUGUGGCAGUUGAGACACGGGCAAUAAUAGCAUGGAUGGAAAAAAUUCCUUUUGUGCUGGGUGGAAAUCUUCAGGGAGGAGAGCUGGUGGUGGCAUACCCUUACGAUAUGGUGCGAUCGAUGUGGAAAACCCAGGAUUACACGCCUACCCCAGAUGACCACGUCUUUCGCUGGCUUGCGUAUUCCUACGCCUCCACUCACCGGCUGAUGACAGAUGCACGAAGGAGAGCGUGUCACACAGAGGAUUUCCAAAAGGAGGAUGGCACUGUUAACGGAGCCUCCUGGCAUACCGUGGCUGGAAGCAUAAAUGACUUCAGUUACCUGCACACAAACUGCUUUGAGUUAUCCAUCUAUGUUGGCUGUGACAAGUAUCCCCAUGAGAGUGAGUUGCCCGAAGAAUGGGAAAACAACCGCGAGUCCCUGAUUGUUUUUAUGGAACAGGUCCAUCGGGGCAUCAAAGGCGUAGUAACAGAUGUGCAUGGAAAGGGAAUCCCUAACGCUGUUAUUUCAGUAGAAGGUGUUAACCAUGACAUUCGCACAGGAGCUGAUGGGGAUUACUGGCGUCUUCUCAACCCGGGGGAAUACGUGGUGGGCGUGAAGGCGGAGGGCUACACCGCCGCCACCAAGACCUGCGAAGUCGGCUACGACAUGGGAGCGACCCAGUGCGACUUCACCAUCUCCAAAACCAACCUGGCGAGAAUCAAGGAGAUCAUGAAGAAGUUUGGGAAGCAGCCGAUCAGCCUGUCCAUGCGGCGGCUCAGGCAGAGGGCUCGGCAGUGGCGGCAGCGGCGAUAGACCUCAGCCCGCGGCAUCCACGAGCUCUGCUUCUGCCAGCCUGGCUGUAGUCGUAGCGAGAGUUACAUAGCCCGUCUCUUCACACAUAUUUCUCUGCACGAGGCCUUUCUGUUAGUGGAGCUGGGUGGAUAGUGGGGUUUUUCAGUUUGGCGAAGAAUCAGAAAUAAAAUUCAAGCUGAACCAAAAUUAGCCCCGGGUUGAGGGGAGAGGCAGGAAGAAUUUAGAAAGAUGUUUUGAGUUAACCUGGAAUGAAUUUUUUUGCUUGUUGGGUUAUUUAAUCCUUCAUAAAUCUGGUUUGUCUGAAAAUAGGAAAAAAAAAAAAAAAAAAAAAGAAAAAAAAGAGAGGUACUUAUAAAGGGGAAGUGUUGUUUUGAAUGAAAAACUGAAAAAAGUUGAUUCUAAAGUGCAAAAUUGGUCUAUAUUUGCAAUUCAAAAAAUUUUUGACACUCCUUACAUUUUGUUCUCAUAUGGUAGGAGAGCUGAGAAGGGACAAUUUCUAUUAAAUAUCACUAAAAUUUGUGUCAAAUUUUCAGACCCCCUUUCCCUGAAAGUCCACCUUUUGACAAGCACCAUAAUAAUUGGAGAAAAAUAAAUCGAAGAAAAUAACCCACCUUAGCUUUCCUGCUUGGGUUGUUUAUAUUUAAGGAUGUCUUGUGAUUCCAGAUUUUAAUGCCACGAGUGUUUUCUCCUCUGGCUUUUUAAGGCUGCGUUUUUACUCUGUGAACUAAAUCUAAUGAAAAGGGUGUGGGAUAAGGACCACUUCAGCACUGUGGCAUGGCACCCCUUCUCUAACCUGGGAGAAGGACUUGAAACAAAGCUUUCCUUAUGGAUACAGCCGGUCAUAUCAUGUGUAUGAAAGGAGAGGCUUGGUCACUGAUAUGUGCAUAGUUCACAAACCCACUGAUACCAUCUUUUUGCUUGAUUUUUGGCCUGCCCAUAAGUGCCUUUAGUGCUCAUGCACACUCUGUGCCACUAUUUUCUGUGGCAUGCAAGGGAUUUUGUAUUCCUCUGCAUGGUCUGCUCAUUUUGCCACUGCAGCUGCUGCUGCUUUUCUGGCCUUACAACUCUAUGGGAGCAAGAUUUGUGUUUUAUUAUUGGCUUUUAAAUAACAAAAUUGUACAGCAGGAUACAAAGUAUCAGCUGGUGAAAAUCAGCUUUGCUCUGUUACCUUCAGUGUUAUGACCUUAAUUAUACCUAACCAUAGGCCAGCUGUAUGAUUUUAGCCAGUGAAAAGUCUGUGGUUAAAUAAAAUUCUCUUAAUAUGCUUGGUAGAAAGACUGCGGCAUACACUUCCAAAUACAAUUCUGUUUAAAACAUUUUGAUUGCUAUCACAGUUUUUGCCUAUUUGAUAUGAUUCUUGGAAAAGACAUUCACCAAAGUAUCAUUCAAAACUGAGGAAAAAUAAAGUGCAAGUAGAAAACUCACUGUAAAAAUACCACGAGGCAUCUGUUUUAAAUCUUCUUUUCUUGUCCAUGAAUCUCGUAAACACAUAAAAGGCAAAAGGUUGCAGAAUGAAUAAUAUAAUCAUGAACCUUUGCAUAAUAAAUAGUCAUAUUCUUAAAUUUCUUAGAAAAUUCCAGCCCAUUCUUCUUCUGUAGAUACUAUUAAAUAACAGCAACGUAUUUGACAUCAAGGGCUCAAAGAAAACAGAAGAGUGAAUACAUAAUUUUCUAUAACUGAAAUUAUGGAACUCCAGCUCCCAGACAGCAUCAUUUAAAUUAAAUAAUAGAGGUAAACAAAUAAUCCAAUCAUUACAUUAGCAUUUGGAAUUAUAUUUUAUUUAUUUCACUCUAUUUACCACCCUUACAACAUUCUAUGUGCCAUAUAUUUUUGUAUAACAAAUAUAACACCAACUUGUCAAGAAGGGGUUUUUCAGCAGCCUAGAAGGGAUUAAUGAUGUCUGUGUGCCAGUAGUGAUGUGAUAUAAUUUUGGAAUAUGGAGUAAUGACAGCAGACAAUCUGUUAGCAGUUUAAUCUGGCCUGUUCAUUGGCAUUUGUAGCUUUUGUGACCACCACAAUAGAUCAGGGCCAUACACAAUAUUUUGUGUUAUGAACUGAUGGAGUUUAUAAGGUGGCUUCUCUCUGGCUGCCCAGUCAUCUUGCUGGGGGUGGUUGGCAUGCACAGGCAAAUGAAGAACUAACCAGCCAAAUUAAAAUCACUCCGAUAAUCAGAUUGAAGGUGGAAACCACUGUCUUAAUCCUGUCAGGUCAGUUCUUUCUACCUUGAAAUAAUGUUUCAGGCUGUUUUGAGAUUUACUUUACAAACCUAGAGGUCCUUGUGCUUUGUUCUCAUGUAUGAAGUUAUCUCAAUGAGAAGUUAUUUUUAAUUUUAUGGCAAGAAGUGGAUUUGAUGGAAAAUUCUUCAAUGACUACUAGCUAAAAUUAGAUGAACGCUGAUUGAUGAAGUCCUCAGUAACGUCAGAUGCUGAAGACAGUGGCCUUGAUGCUCUUUAUUGGCCGUGACUAGUGCUUACGCAUACUUGGGCACAGCAGGGCUAUAACUAAUGCAGGUGACCUUACUCCAUUUUAGUUCAGGCAUUACUAAAUAAAUGGCCUAAUAGCUGUCAAGUGUACUUGUCCGUGCAAUUAUUUUUUGAUUGUCCAGCAUCUUUACACUGGAAAACACUCAAGUUCAGAGGAAUUUUACAAGGAACUUCAGAUGUGUGAAUAUCUCAUGUUGAGAUAAGAUGAUUAUGCCUGCCCUGAAUAUAAUAAUACUGAACUGAUAUGUGCCCUAUUUACUGCUAUACUCAUGUACUUGGGAGUUAAAAUGUUCAUUUUCUUUGAAAUACAUAGAAUUCCUAUUUAACCUUUAGAUAGAUCCAAAUCAAAAACUAAUAAAUCUGGAUACCAGUGUUUUCUAUGUAUCCACCUUUUCCAUGUUUUUAGAGCAAAUAAUAUUUUCCAAAUUCUGUGCUUUUAAUCCCUUUUCAGUGUUGUAGGAAAAUAGGGAACCCUGCAGAAACAACAAGAAAACUUGAAGACGGAUACAAUCUUUUUAUAAUUACAGAUCCAUUUUGACAGCUACUUAUAUGAGGACUUUGCUAAACUUUGAUCAUCACUGAUAUAAACGAAAAAAAUGCAAUCCCUUCCAAGUAAUAAGAAAUUCAGCUGCACAAUCUUACACACACAGCAUAAAGGUUAAACAAAUAAAAGGUUAAAACAGGGCAGAUUCCACUCUCCUUGAUAAUACCAGCCGUCAGUCAUCUGCCCCAUGCAGAGCCCUGACAAUCAUAAAAUAUGGUGGGAGCUGGCUGGCUUCCCCUUGACUAUCCUUGUCAUGCUAUCCAGCUAUUCAUCUUUUAUCUGUUUAAUUAUCAUAAUUUUUAUCACCCUGUAUUUCAGAUUUUCUCAUCCAUCUUCGUAACUCCAAGUACACCAACCUCUCAAAGACAGACUUCACUAUCUGCAAAUGAGCUUGGGAAUAAUGAAGCAAAUAAAAAUGUGUCUACUUACA